CUCUAGAGCCAGCGGACCGAAGGACCACGACCGCCGGGCGCUCCGAGUCAAGGACUUGCCCCACCCGCCCCCCUCCCCGCCCCCAAGGCGCUCCGAACUCACUGGUGAGCGCCGCGACCCGGGCGCUGGAUGUGGGGGCAGCUGCGAUGGCCCCGCGCGCGGGACAGCCGGAGCACAGGGGCCCGCUGCUGCCGGGGCUGCUGCUCGUGGCGGCGGCGCUGAGCCGACCCGCCGCGCCCUGUCCCUUCCAGUGCUACUGCUUCGGCGGCCCCAAGCUGAUGUUGCGCUGCGCGUCCGGCGCCGAGCUCCGGCAGCCGCCGCGGGACGUGCCGCCCGACGCGCGCAACCUCACCAUCGUGGGCGCCAACCUGACGGUGCUGCGCGCGGCCGCCUUCGCCGGCGGGGACGCGGACGGGGAGGAGGCAGCGGAGGGCGGCGUGCGCCUUCCGCACCUGACCGCGCUGCGCCUCACGCACAACAACAUCGAGGUGGUGGAGGACGGCGCCUUCGACGGGCUACCCAGCCUCACAGCGCUCGACCUGAGCCACAACCCGCUGCGCACCCUUGGCGGCGGCGCCUUCCGCGGGCUGCCCGCGCUGCGCUCGCUGCAGCUCAACCACGCGCUGGCGCGGGGCGGCCCCGCACUGCUGGCCGCGCUGGACGCCGCGCUCGCUCCGCUCGACGAGCUGCGCCUCCUGGGCCUGGCGGGCAACGCACUUAGCCGCCUGCCUCCCGCCGCUCUGCGCCGGCCGCGCCUGGAGCAGCUGGAUGUGCACCUCAACGCGCUGGCCGGCCUGGACCCCGACGAGCUGAGGGUGCUCGAACGCGAUGGCGGCCUCCCCGCGCCGCGCUUGCUGCUCGCCGACAACCCCCUGCGCUGCGGCUGCGCCGCACGCCCCCUGCUGGCCUGGCUGCGCAACGCCACGGAGCGCGUACCCGACGCGCGGCGCCUGCGCUGCGCCGCCCCGCGGGCGCUGCAUAAUCUGCCUUUCCUGGACUUGGACGAGGCGCGGCUGCGCUGCGCCGACGGCGAUGCCGACGGUCGCGGGGAUGAAGUGGAACUCGCCGGCCCCGAGCUGGAAGCUUCCUACGUCUUCUUCGGGUUGGUUCUGGCGCUCAUCGGCCUCAUCUUCCUUAUGGUGCUCUACCUAAACCGCCGCGGCAUCCAGCGCUGGAUGCGCAACUUGCGUGAGGCGUGCCGGGACCAGAUGGAGGGCUACCACUACCGCUACGAGCAGGACGCCGACCCGCGCCGCGCGCCCGCCCCGGCAGCCCCCGCCGGCUCUCGCGCCACUUCCCCGGGCUCAGGCCUCUGAGCUUCGCCUGUUCUGACUUGGGGACUGCCCCAGCCAGCUGAUGACCUUACUGAGGCCACCUCGCCCGAGACCGUGGGUAUGGGACACCCGCGAGCUUGAGGCUUUGAGACCUGCCCCUGCCCUGAGACCUUUGGAUUGUGGCAUCUCCCCUAUCCAGGGGCCUGGAGCUGUACCCCUUCUCCCCAGCUUCUGAGAGCUGUCACCAUCGAAGACCCAGAGACACCCUCUUCUGAUUCCAGAACGCCCCAUUCACUCAUCCCAGGCUCUGACAGCCCUCCUGAACCACCCGAAGCCCCUUCCCCCUUUCAGGACUCACUCGGAGACCCUGUCCUUCUAUCCCAAGGCCCUGAGACUGCUUCCACCACCCUGUGCUUUGAACCCAGACCUCUCAGCAGGAAACAUCCCCCUAAACUGCACUCCAGCUUGAAGCCCGCAGCUCCCUUCUAGGGCUCAGGGGCCCUCACAUCCCAUUCUAGUCUCAGAGCACCCCCUUCAGAAGGUUUUUGUAGACUUUGAGCCUUUUUUCUCUUAUACCAGCUCAUCCUGCAUACAGACCUCCAUCUGGGGGCUGUGAGGGCUGGGCACCCUCCCCCAAUCUGAGGAUGUAUUUCAUACCACCCACCACCCCAGCUCUAGCUCAAGCCCCUCCUUGGCCCAGGCUUAGCACUCAGCUCCUAACUCUCCCAUCACAGGGACAGGGACACCCCAGUUAAACCCUUAGUGUGGAGCCGAUCGUCAGCAUUUCCCACUUUGGGCUCUCAUACCCCAGUACUCAGUCCUUGUGCCCAAUCUGAGACUCUCAGCUCUUCGCCCCGAUCUGAGUUUCAUACCUCUACCCAAGUUUUGGGCUCUCAGUUCUCUCUACACCCAUUGCUUGCACUCAGUACCCACAUCUGCCACUCACUGGGUCAGGUCCAGUGAGGACUCCAUCCCUGGAAGAUGCCCACCCACCUCCCCUUUCCUCUUAGGAUGAGCUCUCUAGCCCUGCAGAACAGGCAUGUGCCAAGCACUGCCCCCCGCCCCCAACCAUGCUAGCAGAUCCUCAUGAGAGAUCCUGGAGGAGAGAGUCCUGGCGGUGCAAAGUAGAUGGGCUGACCUUAGAAGCAGGGUCAGCUGACCUUUGUGCCACAGAGAGGGGUGGAGGAGGAGGCUCUGAAGGGCUGGGAGCUGUUGGCCACAUCCUCUUUCCCACCCAUGUGAGUCUUCUCCCCUGAGGUUUCCUUGCUGCCACCUUGCCAUCCUUGCCCACCCCCUGCCCCAUAUGACUUCUGGAAGAGGAAGGGGGCCUCUCCUCCUGUCUCAGGCACAAGCCCUCCUGUCCAGGGUCAGAGCCUCAGCGCCUUGCCUUCUGCAUGAUCCCAAAGCACAAUUGGCGAGUGGGAGGGGGCUACCUCUCCCUGACUCCCACCCCUAGGUCAAGCAGAAUGGCUGGCCUGUGCUGCCUCUGCACAGGAAGUCACCCUUCUCCAACAUAUUGGCUUGAGGCUCCCCCCGCCCUCGCCCCCGGAAAUCUGGAUCUCCUUUGGGCAGUUUUCUAUAAAGUCUGCAAUAGUCUCA